CAGUAGACUACAGUAUGUAUGAAUACACCUGUGCAGGUGAGGUUGCUUUCCGCGAAACAGUGCACACUAUUGGUGCACGCACCGCAACCGCAAAUCGCCGCAUAUGAUGCUCUUUGUCCCAGAAGCCCAUUGUAUACAGCGGAGGAAACCCUGUGGCGUUAUUAUGUGCUGUGAGCAGCCAUCUUGGAUAGACUGAUCAUACUUGAGCCAGGAUAACCUGCAUUCCUCUUCUAAACAGCUCAAGAACACAAAGCUCAAAAGACUUUCUGAGCCACAAUGACCACUGCACCGUACAACUACUCCUACAUUUUCAAGUACAUCAUUAUCGGGGACAUGGGGGUAGGGAAGUCAUGUUUGCUUCACCAGUUCACAGAAAAGAAAUUCAUGGCGGAUUGCCCCCAUACGAUUGGUGUGGAGUUUGGUACAAGGAUAAUUGAGGUGAGCGGCCAGAAGAUCAAGCUGCAGAUUUGGGACACAGCGGGACAAGAGCGCUUCAGGGCCGUCACCCGCUCCUACUACCGCGGAGCUGCAGGGGCGCUCAUGGUCUACGACAUCACCAGGCGAAGCACGUACAACCACCUCAGCAGCUGGCUGACUGAUGCCAGAAACCUCACCAACCCUAAUACUGUGAUCAUUCUCAUCGGAAACAAAGCAGACUUAGAGGCCCAGAGGGACGUCACAUAUGAGGAAGCCAAGCAGUUUGCUGAGGAGAAUGGUCUGUUGUUUCUGGAAGCCAGUGCAAAAACAGGUGAAAAUGUUGAGGACGCCUUCCUGGAAGCUGCUAAGAAGAUCUACCAGAACAUCCAAGAUGGCAGCCUGGACCUGAACGCCGCUGAGUCGGGCGUCCAGCACAAGCCCUCGGCCCCCCAGGGCGGCCGGCUAACCAGCGAACCACAGCCCCAGAGGGAAGGCUGCGGAUGCUAAUGACCAAGCAAACCCCCUUUAUCCUCCCUUCCUCUCUCUCUUCGUCUGUCCUGCCCACCCUCCUUUAGCCAUCUCCCCUCCAUCCAUCCCGCCACAUCUGUACGUCCAUCCACCCUCCUCCCUCACUGCACUAGGAGCUGCAUGAGAGCAGGGCUGCGGAGGGAAGAAACGGGAGGUGGGGGGGGAUACAGACUUGGGCUAGACUGAGCUGGGCUGUGUGGACUACAUCUCUCCCCUCCUCCUCUUCUCUGCCUGUCUCACUCCUCCUCUCUAAUCUGUCAGUGUGUUGUCGUCCCAUAACUCUUAAGCUCCCCUCUGCUCCUCUUGCACCAUUCAGUCUAGUUCUCCCCGUCAUAGUAUCGUAGACGCCACCGCACAUUACACGGGUUACUGACACUUUAGAUAGAUGUAACGUUCAUAUGAUAAUGAUACACCGAGACUGUUUUUUAUGUUUGGUUUUAUAGCUAUAUAUGACAUGUAAACACUGCAUUAAGUUUCAUCCACCACCACUGAUCAGUUCUGUAUGAAUCUGAUCUAAAUUAUACUCUCAAACUCCUGACAUCUCUCCUGCAUGGUUUACCAAUCCAGCAUUUUAUCGAGACUUGCGGGUGUGAUAUCUCACACCUUAAUUUGUGUGGAAUUAGACAGUGAAGGCAACGAAGCAGUGUAUCAUGCAGCCACACA